ACAUGGUAGUUUUAGCCUUUUAUAGCCCAAAGAUAGCAUUUUAGUAUCUUAGAUAUUCCCUAUCAACUCAUAAGUUAAUGGAAAAUAGCCACAAAUUUUGCACAAAGAGUGAUGGUAAGAGAUGAGAAGCUCAGUUCAUGCAGGAUGCACCUUCAUAUCUUCCAGCGAGAUUAAAGAAAAAGGGAAGAUGGACUCACGCUGAACAUGCCCAGUUUAUUGAUUGUUUGAAGAAAUAUGGUAAAGACUGGGAAAAACUAGAUGAGAUGAUCAUCACCAGAGACAGUCUGCAGAUCAGAUCUCACAGCCAGAAAUACUUCAAUAGGAUCAAGCAAGACUUCAACACAGAUGACCCAAUAGAGUAUAUUCGUAAAGGAAUGUGAGACGUAUCUCCAUUUUACAAGUUUGAUAAGUCUAAGUUUAGCGAAGCUCUCAUGCAGCCUGAAGUUACUGAAAACAGACAAUCUAAAAUUCUUCAAGAAUCUUUGGUAGAGAAGCAAAUCAGCUACCACUGAGAUGAAGCACCAAUCAAGAGUCUUAAAACAAAAAAUAUCACCAAAAACUGCGAAAAUAGGCACAAAAAGAGACACCUGAAGCAGCAGAUAAAAUACUUUGGAGAUUCAAGCUCUUCAGAAUUCUUUGAAGAUAAAGCUAUAAACAGCUAUAAGAAAUCUAGGUUCCGCCAAGUGAGCUUAUCAGGAUUGAAGGAACAUGCUAGGAGGGUCCAUAGAAAACACAAAAAGGCUCAGAAACACUUUAGUGAUGCCCACCCAGGGUUUGACAAAAUCUCCUUUGUUAAGAAAGCUAUUGAGCUGAGUACUUGUGCCUCGAAACAAUACGCUUCGAAAGAGCUAUCACAAUGUACAACUAAAGCUCAACAAAAGAAUGGGAUAAUUGGAGUCCGUAAAAGAGGAAAAGAGGUAAAUACUUCAUAUAGAAUUGAUGAUUCAUGAAGAAACAUCUUUUCCAUGGGUUUCAGCCACUCUAAUGAAAUGGCUGCCAAUUCUAUGACCAAAGUACACUCAAAGCAUCAAGUUAAGAGAGAAUACAUAAACACUCUUGGAGGCUCAAAUCUGUCAUAUUUUCAGCCUUUACCUACAACCCAGAAAUAUUGCUCAAACCAAGGUAGAUUUGUGUCAGGGAACUUUCAGACUCAGGCUCUAAUGGAGCAUCACAAUAAAGUAAAGCCAACAAUCAACCCUCAGUAUUCUUGGAAGAAUGGAAAGCCAAACCAACAGAGUAUGCAAUCAGUAGAAACUUCUCUAUCUCAGUUAUUGAUGAAAAGUUUCCAGGAUAACUACUGUGUCUGUAAGAAAUAGGCUGGACGAGAGGCGAUUUUCAGCAUGGAUAACAUUUUCCAACAAAGAUA